AUGAACUACGGCGCCAUCGGCUCGGUAGUGGGCCACGAGCUGACGCACGCCUUCGACCACCGCGGCGCAUUGUACUACAAAGAUGGGCAGCGAAAAAAGUGGUGGUCAGCUGAAGAUUUAGCUAAGUUCAACGAAAAGUCACAGUGCUUUGUAGAGCAGUACGGCGCCCUGCGGGAGCCCCUCUCCCGGAAGGUGCUCAACGGAGCGCAGACCCUGGCGGAGAACAUCGCCGACAACGGAGGAGUGAAGAAGGCCUUCACUGCCUACCGCGAGCACCAAAAGGCGCUGGGCGGCCGUCGGCCUUCUGAGGUGCUGCCCGGCGCCCUGAAGCUGACCGCCGACCAGCUCUUCUUCACCUCCUACGCCCACAGCUUGUGCGAGAAUGUGACGCCGGAGGAGGCACGACGCCGAAUCAAUAGUGACCCCCACUCGCCGAAUCGAUUCCGCGUCAACGUCGUCCUGGGCAACAUGCCCGCCUUCGCCACUGCUUUCCAGUGUCCGCUGGGCUCAGCAAUGAACCCAGUGAAGAAGUGCUCACUCUGGUGA